ACCAGUGGAAAGGAGUCGCAGUGUCACACAGCUCAACGGAUAAGGCCAAUCUCUCUCUCUCUCUCUCUCUCUCUACAAUGGCGAAUUCAGUAUCAUACUCUGCAAUUUCUUUCUUCUCAUCCUCCGUUUUCAUCACAUCCUCUCACCAAACUCCAAAACUCACCUCAGCACUCAAAACCCCCAAUUCUCUCAAACCCACAAAACCCCUUUCUCACACUCAGACUCACACCUCACCAAUCCGGUCUGAGCUCGCUACCAUCCCAAUCCUCUCCUUCGACGGCGCCAAAAUCGGCGAAACCACUCUCAACCUCAAGUCGGCCCCACCCAACACCGCCCGCGCCGUCGUCCACCGCGGCAUCCUCACCGACCUCCAGAACAAGCGCCGCGGCACCGCCUCCACCCUCACCCGCGGUGAGGUCAGAGGCGGCGGCAGAAAGCCCUACCCCCAGAAGAAAACCGGCCGAGCCCGCCGCGGCUCGCAGCGAACCCCGCUCCGUCCCGGCGGAGGCGUCGUCUUCGGCCCCAAACCUAGAGAUUGGAGCAUUAAAAUAAACCGGAAAGAGAAGAGAUUGGCGAUUUCGACGGCGCUGUCGAGCGCGACCGUGAACAGCAUUGUGGUGGAGGAGCUUGGGGAGAAGUUCGAGAAGCCCAAGACAAAGGAGUUCAUUGCGGCGAUGAAGAGGUGGGGGAUCGACCCGACGGAGAAAUCGAUGUUCUUGUUGACUGAGGUUCCGGAUAAUCUGAAGCUUUCGAGCCGGAAUAUUGGGACUUUGAAGAUGCUGACGCCGAGGACCUUGAAUCUGUUUGAUAUUUUGAAUGCGGAUAAGUUGGUGUUUACAAAGGAGACUGUGGAUUAUUUGAACCAGAUGUAUGGGUAUGACUAUGACGGAGAGAGUGAGGAUGAUGAAUAUGAAGAAGAUGGUACUGAAGGGACCGAGUCAGAAGAAAAUUCUGAUGCAAUAGAGUGAUCAACAAAUUGUUUUCCCCUCGAUUCAUCUACUACAGAGAUACUUUAAGGAGGAUCUCUGCCUUCCCCAAUACCAACCGCUAUGGUAUUUGGCUUUUUUGUACAUCAUCUUUGUUCCAUUUUGCACAAUCUCUUCCUCAACUUGUUCCCGUGUCAUCAACAUUUUCUGGUCACUGACCACUCUCUUCCUUGAAUCCUUCUUAUGGUGUUUUGAUAGUUUCUUCUUAUAGCUUACUCUAUUUGCAGUUUAAUGUUCUGUGAUAUUUUAUAAAAAAAAUAAAAAAAAAAAUUACUGCUUCUCUUGGGA